GUCCAGAAGCAGCGUGCGAACGCUUACGCGGGGUCGUUAUUUCUCGUCCCGAGUGUUUAGUUGUCAAGAUAGGCCUGCGUGUGAGACUGGGUGCUCUGAUUAUACGGCCGCACGCCGCGAUGCACUAAUCCGAGGCGACGCGAUGUGCCGAGCCGUGCUGCUGGCGGCACUGGCCGCUCUGGCCGUGCUCGCCGUGGUCAGCGCUAACCGGGACGCGGACAUUUUCGCCGAGUCGGACCACGAGGUCGUCUACCGCUUUCCCCGGGGAGCCAGGAGCGGAGGGUCCAGGAGCAGAGGAGGUUCCUCGUCUAGGUCUUCCGGAAGCUCUUCUAGAUCUUCUGGAAGCUCGUCAAGCUCUUCCAGAGGUUCCUCCGGUUCAUCUUCGUCUUCCGGUUCGAUGUUUUCCUCACUGUUCAGACGACCGGGAGGCAGCAAGAAGCCGUCAAAGCCGAAGCCCCCCGGACCCAUAUAUGUCACCAGAAGGCCCGCUCCAGCCCCUACCCCGAGGCCUGCCCCUACCCCGAGGCCUGCCCCUACCCCGAGGCCUGCCCCUUAUCCCACGAUGAAACCCGCGCCGUACCCAACGCAGCCACCUCCCAGGCCAGCACCAAGUGCCCCGUCCUACCCAGGACAUGGUGGUUCCUAUCCGAACGUACCAGGCCACCGGCCGCAGACUCCGAGCGCGCCACCAAUGGAGACUGGAAAAAUAGUUCCUGGACAAGUCAAUCCCGUACAGCAACCAGGCGGCGGCCAACACCCUCCGGGAUUCAAGCCGAUGCCCCCUAGCGCUCCUCCUGCGGAGCCCGGAUACCCGGGCGGAAGACCUUCAGCACCUGGAUAUCCAACCGGAAGCUAUCCCGGUUACCCUGGCGGUCAGUAUCCGGGCCAGGGUCAGCCAGGCCGCCCGCCGAGUCAGUAUCCCGGCCAGGGCCAACCAGGUUAUCCUGGCACCGGUCAAGGUCAACCAGGCUACCCCGGUGGUCAGUAUCCGGGGCAAGGACAAGCUCAGCCCGGGUAUCCCGGUGGUCGAUAUCCUGCACCGGGCCAACCUGGUUACCCUUAUCCAUCAGGUGGCCAGUAUCCAGGCCAGGGAAGACCCGGCUAUCCUUCCGCACAAUACCCGGGUCAGGGUCAGGGCUACCCUGGAGGUUAUUACCCGGGAGGUCACUACCCUGGCGGGGGAGGCUACCCUGGUGGUCAAUAUCCAGGCGUCUACCCAGGCGGUUACCCUUCAGCACCCAAGAAGCCCGGAGGACUUCUAGGACAGCUUCUGGGCGGGAGCAGUGGCCUCGGUGGCAGUAAGAAACGUCCGGGUCACGUGUUCGCACCUACGCACCCUCUCUAUGGUGGCAUGCCAGUAGCCACAGCGUAUGGUGUGCAAAAUAGUCUCAAGCGCAAAGGCAUCAAACAAAGCGAUAUUACCAAGGUCGUUGGGGCUGCGCUGCUGUACAAGACGCUGCGUCACCGCAGGAAGAGGUGGAAGCCCAAGUUCUUCGGCGGUUACUACGGUGGUUACUACGGCUCUAGCUACUACUACUACGGCGGUCGACGCUAUUACGGCUCCUCUUACAACCGCUAUCGCAACCGGACCACUCUCGACAACGCAACCGCUGCUGGGAUCGACAGCGUCCCUGACAACGCCACCUACAUAGAGGAGUGUCGCUACAAGAAGGAGCCUUGGGAGGAGUGCGACCGUGCCACCAACACCCAGAAGCGCAAGCUCAUCCUCAAGCGCGGCAGCGGCAAGUGCGAGCCCACCAAGGAGCUCACCAGGAACUGCAAGAAAGCGUGCCGUUACGAGAAGGGCGCGUGGAAUGCCUGCAACGUGACGGCCAACACGCGCACCCGGGUGGACAAGCUCAAACCAAGAAGCGACCCCACAUGCGAGCCUAACCGCACCGUCACCAAGAAGUGCAAGUCCGGUCUGGGCUGCCGCUACAACCGCAGCGUCAAGUGGAGCGAGUGCGACGCCCAGACGCAGACCCGGACCAAGACCAUGCCGCUGGUGAGCGGCAACAGCGCGUCCUGCGAGAGCCACAAGGUGGUCACGAAGCCGUGUCGCAGCAACGGGGACCAGCGCCAGAUGAAGCGCAAGCCCAAGCAGGAUGAAGAGGAAGAAGAGGACGACGAGUGAACACCAAGGACACGUGGACGGGCCUUUCAAGCUGCCCUGGCUCCUGAGAGAAGGCAGCCACGAUCUUUCAAAAAAAAGUCUGGGCACAGUGGGGGCUGCUUACUUCACGCAACGCGCAAACGACGUCUUCAACUUGGGAGACAGCACGGUGACCUUCCACCGCAAGAUGGCCGGUGCCGCCAGAUGUACAACGGGGUCACGGGGUACCUGCGAUUGCUGAUCCCCCCCGAAGGUCGAAAAAGAUGCGUGCGCUCUGUUUCGUCGCGUCACUGUAAGAGUAAGCGCACGGGCAACCUGUUUAUCCUGUUCAAACCUGAUGACGUCAGAAUUUGGGCCUGUCGGUUGGGCAUCGUGAAUUUAGUGCAGCGCAACACCAAAAAGAAGUGCUGGAAGUCAGAGCCGUGCGCGUAGUUUUCUGUCCCUCUCCCCUGUUACGCAGUUCUAAAUUCAAGCAGUUCAAACUGCGACUUAUUUUGCAGCGUUAUUAUCGCUAUCUGACUGUUUGAGAUGCCUUAAGGGGGGCCUUUCGUGGCCUUUUUUACACGACGAAAGGUCAACAACCUGUAUUGACUUCUACUUGUCUCUAUACUCGCUUUGUUCCAAAUCGCCCAUUUAGCAAAAAAAAAAAAAAAAAGAUCGCACAUCUUUCUAUGAAACCGACGGAUACUCAUACCGAGAAAUACUCAAGCUUCGGACCGUCACCCUCUUGUUUGCGUUAUGAUUGUGUUGGGGCAUCAGGUAGUCGCAGCACGGAAGUCAGCGACGGAAGCGGAGUAAAUUUAAUCAGUAUUAGCAAUCCUGGGAGCCAGCGGCGCUGCCAGUGGCGCAGUUUAAUCGAUGAUAUCAGGUCCAAGCAGAGAAUUGAUCCUUUAACCUAUUCUUAUCAGCUUAAAUUACUUAAUCUCGUUUUCAUACAUCGCACGCUGCAUUCUCACUCUAACCCAGGAGACAGGGCGACUUAGAGGUCAAUAAUCACUUGCUGCAUAUCGAUGUGAAGGCGUCAUUAGGCUAGAGUGUGGCGUGACGAAAUAUAGUGAAGCUGCGUCGUAAAGACGAGUAAAAUUGUGUGCAAAGGCGCACUUAGGGUAAAACGGCGAUGUGGUCAUCUAAGUCAGUAACGAUAAAGUCGGGGCAAUGCCCAAUGCACAAAACGUCAUCGUCCUGCUCUUCACAUGACAUCUUACUAAUGACGAACAGCUAGUCUGCCUUGCAUUCUAACGAAGAAAACCUGGAAGGAAGGAUUCUCAUCAGAGCGAUCUGGUCAGCCUUUUUUAAUAUUAAUUAAACCAACUUAACUCUUGAAACACUGAGUAUUCGACGUAGUUGACAACAGUCUACUACAGACGACAAAAAGACGAAAAAUACAGAACCAAGUCCAGCGAGCAAGCAAUGCUAACUCGAUUUUCAGUAGUUCAGAAGUAUUUCUUUGUGAAGAAAUCCUGGCGAUAACGCCUACUUUAUCACCAGGAUUGGCCGGUCUUGUGAAACGAAUGAUAAGAAAGGCAUAGAAUCGAGCGACAAGAAUCGUUAUUAUACUGGCCCUGGAACCGGCAUUCGUAACUUCUACGAUAGGCGCAUACCGCAGUACUUUAAGCCUUGGCGCUAUCUCUAUUCAUCAAAGAUUGAGCGAUCUGCUUUUGCUAAAUCUGAACGCCGAUCUAAGAUUGCCUCUUAAAUAUUUUGUUUUGAUGUCUGAUAAUCCUGUAAGCUGUCCGUGAUUUCCUGUGGAAUGCUACUUAUUCGGAUUGUAUAUUCAGACAGGGACACUGCAACGUAAGAUUGGCUCGUGUUGUUACGUAAUGCUUAAGAAAUUAUAAAAUCAUUACAAGCUACUUAACGGAUAAGACAACGUAAAUAAUGGCCUCCACCAUGUAACCAUUCAGCAGGUCCAUCGGCUGAAGCCAAUUCACUCACCAAACGGGUAGGCUGCGAUUAUUCUGGCAUAGUUCAGCUUUAGGUCGCCACUGCCAAACCAGGUAAUUCAUCUUCAAAGCAAAGGGUUUCGAAAAUUGCUUACCUUCGAACGGAGCGCGACCACUCGCUUUUAUCGAGCCAGUAUCUCACUGUUCUCUCAUUUAGCUUUAGAACGCACGCACGGCGUACUUUGCAACCGCGUAAAUGUCGCGGCUGCCUUUCUUCUGCUCUUACCACACUUACUCAAUGUGCCAAUGAACAUUUCAAGGGCAUUCCAAGUGGGAGAUGAGGUGUAAUGGGUCGAUGAAUGUGUGACCCGGCCACGUUUUGUGGCUCCUAUAACGUCUUUUCAUACUCCAGCUCUUAUACUUAAUGCAUUUGUGGGUGUGGUGCGGGAGGGAGGUGGGUUUAACUCAUUAAACUAUCGUUGUUCGACUUAUUAUCGAUCCCAGCGUGCUUCUGUAGUUGCAGUUAACACUUCCUCUCUGUCCCCUGUAGAUCCCGUGCCCCUUGCCAAUUUAAGACGGUGUUCCCUUCAUUGGACAACGAAGACGUGCGCGAAAUGGUGUUCUUUUUUGUUUUUCUUAUUUUUCACGAUUUUGUUUGCUUCACAGUGACUUACACUACGAAUAAAAGAAAUGCCUUCAAAA